UACCGAGGGCACGCGGGCAGAGCCGCCUUGUUUACGACCGCCAAGAACAUCAUGCUAGAUCCGCCGUCCAUCCUCCUCAUGGAUUCCGGCGCGUAUACCAUUCAAGAAUUCAUCUGCAAGUCCUGCGAAACAUACCUCGGCUGGAAGUUCGUGCGAGCCCACGACGGCUCGGAGCGUUGGAAGGAGGGCCACUAUAUCCUCGAGCUG